GCUGAGUUCGGAUCGUUUCGUGAGUUCGUUCGUUCGUUCCUCUUCUCUUUCGUUCCAAUCUGCCGUAGUUUCGAUGCGAUUCGUUCUGCUACUGAGGUGGUAAAGCUCGUUUCGCUUCCUUCGUUUGCGGUUGGGUUUCGCUGGGCAGAGGCGUUGCUGUUGCGCCGGCUUGAGCCGUAUACCCAGUGGGUUGCUGAUGAAAUGCAUUGGAAUGCCCUGCGAUGCGCUUAAUUUGACCCCCCAGCCGCGAAAUGUCGAACAAGGAUAAAGGCGAUGGAUGUGGGUUUGUUCAUAUGAGGGGCGGCGAUCCCAUUUGUAGUUCCUUCAAUGGUUUCCAAAUUCUCUUCCUUUUUCCAGUUUUCUUAAGUUUUCUAGGCAUGAAAAUGGGGUAAUGCGGGAAAUUUAUGUUGGUGGAGCUGACUAUUCUGAAAAUUAGAUGAAAGCGGUGGCUUUGGGACUUAAAGGGAGAUGAUGCUAUAGCUGGUUGUCUGUGUUCAUGUAUUUAGCGAAGUUCCGGUAGUACAAGUUAGUAAUUGUCAGUUGCUGGCUGGAAGUAAUGCUACUAGUAUUUGCUUUCUUGUUGUUCCAAGUUUGUUUACCUAUGACAAUUAGGAGUACUUCUGGGAUGCUGUCUGAUUGUUCAUGAAGAAUUUGUGCACGCCAGUGGGCUCAUUCAAAUUCUUUGCAUAUAUAGACUAUAGAGUAGUGUGUGCUGUUAAACCAUUUUUUCAUUUUACGUGUAGUUUCUCCAGUAGUCAGAGUUUAACUUUGCACGACAUAGUAAUCUUUAGGAAGUGCUUAGUUAGUAUGAGUUGGUCAGAUGCCGCGACUUGCCGCCUCACUUUUUUAGUUCCGCACAAUUGGCUGAGAUCUUUUAUUAAACAUGCAAUGCAUGAUGUUUGUUUCCUUUUUUCCCUUUUUCGUUGUGUUAAGAUAGGAAAUUUGAUCAUACGGUAUCUGCUGACGUUGACAAGUAGUUGAAAUGCAGUUUUUCGACGGCCAGUUUCUGCAAUGAAUUUAGCAAAGUUACAAUACUAAGAGCGAGACAAUAAGAUCCACCAAAUCUUCAUUGAUUUUGAGAAUGAUCAAUGUAUUUUUUUCUGUGUCUGGAUGACUCUUGUGUUCUUGCCAAUAUCACUGUUGCCGCCAGACUUAUAUCUAAAAAUCGGUAAUUUGAACUCACUGUCCUUGGCCUUCUUUAAUAUCAGCUUAACUUUGUCUAAUUCUUAAUGCAUAACAGUGUACAACUCCUGCUGAAUGCAUAAAUUACAUCAUACACAUAGGUAUGUAUAAAAACCAGCUGCAAGAAUUGGCUCAGAGAAGCUGCUUCAACUUGCCAUCUUAUUCUUGCAUCCGGGAAGGACCUGAUCAUGCCCCUCGAUUUAAAGCUACAGUCAACUUCAAUGGAGAGACUUUUGAAAGCCCUACUUUCUGCUCUACACUAAGGCAAGCAGAACAUUCAGCAGCUGAGGCAGCUCUAACCACACUUGCUACAAAGGGUCCAUCUAGAGCAUUGGCUGCAAAAAUUUUGGAUAAACCUGCAGUUUACAAGAAUUUGCUUCAGGAGACGGCUCACAGAGCUGGUUUGAACCGGCCUGCUUAUUCUACUAUUCGAUCUGGACCAGGCCAACUUCCUGGUUUCUCAUGUACAGUUGAGCUAGCUGGAAAGAGCUUUACUGGGGAACCAGCUAGAACAAAGAAACAAGCUCAGAAAAAUGCUGCCAUGGCUGCUUGGUCUGCCUUGAGAAAAAUGUCUCAGGAGUCGAUGUCUUUCUGUUCUUCAUCUAGUCCGCUGGAUUCUAAAGCUAGUGAAGAACAGGAGAAGGUUAUCGUCACUCGUUUCCUUUCAAGUUUACUGCCAUCAGAGUCAGAGUCAAAAGAAGUGCAAAAAAGACAAAUAAGAUCAGUCAAAUCCAAUGUAGGAAGCUCGUGUCCUUUGCAGUAUCAAAAUUGGGCAUACUCAAGUUUUCCACAUGAGAUGGUAAUGUAUCCAAUGUGGGAGCAAGAAAAACUACUACAACAGCAGCUUCACUUAGCGAGGCUUCCCAUUCCUUCUACUAUACCAUCACCUCAGAUUCUUCCUGUCACGCAAUCUGUGGUUAGCCCAGACAGCUGCCAGUAUUUUACAGCAAGGCAGCUUUGUUCUCCUGUCUUAGGGCCCAAAAUUGCAAUUGCCACCUCGGUCCCAUUUUCUAGUUUCCCAAACCAAGUGAUUCCCGAUUCAAUGAGCAGCAGACCCAGAGUGACCUUUCAAGAGAUACAGGAGGAGCAAGUUGAAGAAUCAUCAGGCUUUCCGACAACUGUUACUUCAGAUUCACUUGUUCCUAGAAGCAGCGGAAGUGAAUUAAGAAUAUCGGGACAGGAUCCUUGGAAUGUCAAAGAGAAAGCUCAGUUACAAACUACGGAUAGAUUUAAUUCUUCUCCCCUACUUCACAGACCUCAGUAUCCUCCAAGAGCAAGUUUAAUUAGAUGCUUGAGCCAGCCUUCUGCAGUGGAAUCCGGAAUGGGUCGAUCAAGUUGCAGUGUGCCCAUAGUACAGCACAGACCACAAAAUAUGGCUCCCCAUAUGCAUGCUUCCCCAAGAAUGAGAACAGGAGCUAAUUCAUAUUCGGCUAGGCCAAAACCCAAAGGACGUAAUGUUGAAGGAUUGUGUCCUCAUUUCUUGGCACCCACUGUUCAAAUCCGUUCUGUUGUACCAGUGUGUUCAGCUCCAUCAUCAGGAAGAACACCGAUUUCCCAGCCGGACGACCAGUCGAACGUCUCCGGAAAUAGAACGGCAGAGCCAGAAGAGGUGGUAAGUUUGGAGCUAGGCAAACUCCAAUUAUGAGAAGGAGACAAAUUUUAUAGUGAAGUAGAUUCUUCCUUCUAAUACCCUUCUCUCUUAGGAGCAUUCAUGCUUGUUGGAAGUUGUUUAAAUAAAUCUUGUAAUACUGUCUCCUCGAUGGGAAUCCAAAAAUUUUAUAACCGCAAAGUCUGAGGAAA